GUCAUAGAGAUCUUUCGUGACCGUCACGGCCCGGAAUACGACGUGGUCCAAGGUUACCACGGUACUCUGAUCGAAUUGAUCGAUUGUCCCGAAACAUUUUACACCAGUGUGGAAGUGACGGCGGGUUCACGUCUGUUCUAUCACGUGUUCGAUACAGACAAACAAGUCACCCGUGUGAUCGUGGAGAUCAAUAAGCACAAUUUGCCCGGAGAGAACAAUUUCUUCCCAAUCAAUCGUCUCUAUGCACAGGAAUCGAAAUAUCCGGAAACCAGUGAUGCAAUCCCGAUGAUUUCACGGCUUCAUUUCGACGAGAAAUUCCGUGAUGUUAUGGUCCACGUAUUCGGGAAAACGUUGAUUUGCCGAAGUAUCGAAAUUGCCACACAAUUGGCAAGAACCAAAAAUUUCGACUGUAUCACCCUGGAUGGCGAUCAGGUCUCACGCAAAGGUACCCUGACUGGCGGUUACUACGACAAUCGUCUUUCCCGGUUGGAAUUGCAAAAGCGAAAACAGAAAACGGAGAUGGAAAUCCAAGAGACAGAGAAUGUGCGUGAAAACAAUGCGAAACGGAAGGAACAAGUGGAUGCUCAGAUCAACCGCAUUAUCGAUGACAUUCAGCGCAAGGACACUGUGCGUUCCAAGCAUGAAAUGAAAUUCGACACGUUGAAGAAAGAUAUUCACAUGUGGAAAGAAGAACUCCGAACGAAACAGGAAGCAAAACCACAAAAGGAAUGGAAGUUGUCCUCACUGCGUCACGAUCUGGAUCAGAUGAAGUACACCAUGGAAUCAUACAAGGUAGGCUAG